CGAAAGUCACCUCGUUGUGUUUCUUUCGGUCAGAAGCUACAGACCGGCUAACAGACGGGCCGGGGAAGGUCGACAGGAGGGCGGCAGCAUUACAAACUGGUGUUUUGGUUGCCUGUCGUUUAUUCCUCUGACAGAAGUAAACAUAGACGCAAGGAGGGAAGCGUUUUAUUUGGUGAUAUUUACGUCCCAAACCUGAGCUCGCUAACCACUGAGCGAGCUAGCUUGAAGUUGUGUCAGUGUUAAGGUUUGUGUCUGACCACCUCCAGUCAUGGCAGCUCUUAGAGUUUCCUACCACAGGAUUUUGAACAAGAUCGAACACAUGCUGCCCCCCAAGUUGAGGCCUUUCUACAACCAUCCUGCAGGUCCAAAAACUGUUUUCUUCUGGGCUCCGAUGUUUAAAUGGGGUCUGGUUAUUGCUGGUUUUGCUGACAUGACUCGACCUGCUGAGAAACUCAGUACCUCCCAGUCAGCAGUGCUGACAGCCACAGGGCUCAUCUGGUCCAGAUAUUCAUUAGUCAUCAUCCCGAAGAACUGGAACCUCUUUGCUGUCAACUUCUUCCUUGGCUGUGCAGGAGGUUCGCAGCUCUACAGGAUCUGGAGGUAUGAGCAGAAGAAGGCGGCAGAAGCGAAGGCAGCUUUACAGCCCUGACGGCUUUUAGCUCUUCUUCCCUGUAGAGGAUGUAGCGGGGAGACUUCACACUAGGAACAAAGCAGCCCUUCUCAUCUUUCACACCCUGUGUUGUCUCCUUAAACAUGCCAUGACUAUUAAUCUCCACAGUAAGCCCAUUUUCCCCCUGAUGGAAAGGUGCAAUUUCACAACUUCCUCGGGGUAUUAAAAAUAACUGUCAACACAAAGUUCAUCAAUGCACAAGUACUUAUUGUUAAUCUAUAUUUGUACAUUCUUUAAAAAAGUUUGUGCUUUGUCGUGCACUAACUGGAAAGAUUUGCUUUUCUGGUUCAGUUAGUACCUUGUGCAAUAAUCUUAGUGUUUGUGGUUUUAAGAAUUGAUUCCAAAUUAAAUUUACAUGUCAUGAUUGUCUUUUCAUUAUUUAUAAAUUUGUCACAGCACAUUGCUAUAAGAGUAGUUUGGUUUAAUGGCUUUAACUUGUAUCAUUUUUACUCGAGUUCUUGACUGUCAAACCUAAACUUGUGCAGAUUUUGAAUAAGACCUGAAUUGUAAAUAUAGGUACUGCAUUGCAAAGCUCUUUAAUCAUACCAUUAGGGAAGCAUUUUAUAAUUGUGUAAGUAUAGAACUAAUUUUUACCCUGUGGUUGGAUUUCCUCAGCUGUUAUAGCAAUAAUUAUGUUUAAUGAAUUGGUAUGUGAGGUGUAAUACAAAUAAAUCCUUCAACAUCUA